AUGGCGCUCACCAGCUGGAAAGCUUUCCCGUUCUUCGAGGUCUCCCAGAUUCCUGUUCCUGCAGAUGAGGAUGGUUCCUAUGUCUUCGACAACGACAUCGUGUCACUGACGACCGGCGCGGAUUCCCUGUACCUUGGUACUUCGGCCGGAUCAGUUCGCAUCCUUUCCCGCGCAUUGAAGAUUGUGCGCACCUUUCAAGCUUCAGACGCGCCCGAUGCUUCCGUCACGCACCUCAGACAUGUGCCCAACACGCCGUUCCUUGUGACCAUUUCAGAGAACCUCUCGUCGGAACCCUCCUUGAAAGUGUGGGCGUUGGACAAGAUCGAGAAAAAGACGGGGGCCCCGAGGUGUCUUUGUACAAUCAGUGUGCAGAAUGGCAGGCGGCAAUUUCCAGCGUCGGCACUGGUGGUUCUGGACGACUUGACGCAGGUGGCUGUGGGGUUUGCCAAUGGAUCCGUCACUGUCAUUCGGGGGGACUUUAUACACGACCGCGGGACCAAGCAAAGAACCGUCUUUGAAUCGGAAGACCCCAUCACCUGCUUGGAAGUCCGUCAAGGCGCGACCAAGGUCCUAUACAUUGCAAACACGGCCAAGAUCUGCAGCCUGGUCAUAUCCGGGAAAGGCCAGGGUCAACCAGUGCGCACCGUCGACAAUCGUGGUUGCAACGUUGGAUGUAUGACACAAGACCAGGAGACUGGGGACAUGGUGGUUGCGCGAGAAGAUGCCAUCUACUACUACGGCCCUAACGGCCGUGGGCCCAGCUAUGCUUUUGAGGGCCCGAAGAAAAUCGUCAAGAUUUACAAGGAGUAUGUCGGCGUUGUGUGUCCGCCGCGGGUGGCACAGAUGUCCAAAUCCAAAACAUUUCGAAGGUUGGGGGGAGAGGAGAUUGACGAGCUAUUCAGCAGCUCCUCCUUUACAUUAUUAGACACCGAUCUCAAAUACCUUGCUCACUCGGAAUCGUUGCCCGCUCCAGUCAAAGAGGUCUUUGUGGAAUGGAACGAACUCUUUCUGUUGACCGUGGAUGGAAAGCUUUAUCGAUAUCAGGAGAAGACAUUGCAGCAGAAGCUCGAGAUUCUCUAUCAGCGAAACCUGUAUAUCUACGCCAUCAACUUGGCCCAGAAAUUGGGUGCCGACAAAACACAACAGAACAUCAUCUUCAGGAAGUAUGGGGACUAUCUUUACCAAAAGGGUGACUACGAUACGGCGAUGCAGCAGUAUCUGAGAGCCAUCGACAACACUGAGCCUUCACAAGUCAUUCGGCGAUUUCUCGACACGCAGAGAAUUCACAACUUGAUCGACUACCUCGAAGAACUCCAUGACCACGACCGAGCUACGGCAGACCACACGACUCUGCUGCUAAACUGCUACGCAAAGCUCAAGGACACAGAUAAGCUGGACGCUUUCAUCCGCACUCCGGGGACGGCCAAGUUUGACGUCGAAACGGCCAUUGCUAUGUGUCGACAAGGCGGGUAUUUUGACCAGGCAGCUUACCUUGCGACCAAGCAUGGUGAAAAUGAAUUGGUGAUCGACAUAUUGGUGGAAGACUCAAAGAAGUACGCGGAAGCCUUGCAAUACAUCUGGCGGCUGGAACCUGAUGCAGCAUAUCCCGUGUUGAUGAAAUAUGCCCGCAGUCUCCUCGAACACUGCCCUGAAGAAACGACCAAGCUGUUUGUGGAAUACUACACUGGAAAAUAUACACCCAAGAAGGAUGUCCCCGCGGUGUCCGAUGUCCAGGCUCAGACAGGAGGUGGUGCAUUCCAAAGUCUCUCGGCUCUCUGGAGUGUACCGUUCAUGAAUCGGUCCGCCAGUACUGAUGCAGCGCCGGCAGCAGAGGAAAAGCCCGAGCACGACGAAGCAGAGUCCAGUGGCGACGUCGAGCCAGCUCCGGCAUACACAAAACCGCGUCCGCGCAGCGCCUUUUCCUCGUUCCUUGCCCACCCCUCAGAGUUUAUCACCUUCUUGGAGGCGCUGAUUCUAGAGGAAAACCUCUCAAAAGAAGACAAAUCGGACUUGUCGACCACUUUGUUCGAGAUGUAUCUCGAGGCCGCAAACACCGCAACAGGCUCGGCAGAGAAGGAGAAAUGGCAAGUCAAAGCAACCAGUUUAGUCGCCGACAACAAGGCCGCAUCAUUGGAUUCGUCCACGAUUGACACCUCGAAUGUCUUGCUCCUGUCAUCACUUUCCAAAUUCCCAGCUGGCACGACAUUAGUACGAGAACGAGAAAAUUUGUACGCCGACAUAUUUCGGUCGUUCACAUCGGCCAGGGACACCUCUGGCGCCAUAUCUGCACUCAGGAAAUACGGAUCCAAGGAUGAAUCGCUCUAUCCGCUUGCACUUAGCUAUUUCUCCUCAUCCGAAGAGGUCCUCAACGCACCUGGAGUACGAGAAGAGCUCCAAUCUGUGCUCCGCAAGAUUGACAGGGAAAAUCUCAUGGCCCCGCUCCAAGUAGUGAAAGUCCUGUCGCAAGGAGGCUCAGUCACGAUGGGAAUGGUCAAGGGCUACCUUUCGGACAACAUCUCUCGUGAGCGAAAGGAAAUCCAGGCUAACCGACGAUUGAUCGACUCUUACCGAACUGAAACUGCAUCCAAAAAAGCAGAGCUGGCGGACCUGAGUACGAAGCCGGUCGUGUUCCAAGCGCGGCGGUGCUCGUCGUGUAAUCGAAACCUCACUUUACCCACGGUACAUUUUAUGUGCAAGCACUCGUUCCAUCAAGAGUGCUUGAACAAGCCGGGAAUUGGCAUGGAUGAAAAUGAUAGUAAGGUGGAGUGUCCCCUUUGCAAACCUGGAAACGAUACCAUUCGGGCGAUCCGGCGACAGCAAGUUGAAAGCACGGAGCAGCACGAAUUAUUCCAGGCGGCGUUGGCAAGAAGCAACAAUCGAUUCGGAACGGUCAGCGAGUUCUUCGGACGUGGAGUUAUGGGGACGGGUCCAGCGGCAGACUGA